AUUAUCUUUAGCAGUGUCUUAGUGUUAUUUCAUUUUUUGAAGUAAACAUAGUACAAACUUGUAUUUGGUAGACUGAUGAUGGCUAAAACGCGGGGAAAAGAGGUAGAUGAGCAUCUUCAGUACACAGAAGAUUCUGAAGAAAAUCGUGACGUGGAAAAACAUCCUGAACACGUGGAAGAAAAUCCUAAACAGGCGAAAGAACAUUCUGAACAGGUGGGAGGAAAUAAUCGACAUGCUGGCGAAAGUACAAACUGUUCCAGCUGUUCCAGUGCUAUUGCUUUUAUACUAGUCGCAUUUCUGGUCAGUGUGUCUUUCUUGUGUUUAUGUUUGCAACACACAAGAAAAAAACAAUGGAGUUUCGUCAUUAUAUACUAUCCAUUAAUUGUCUACAUGGGUGUGUCUCUAAUCGGCAUUACUGCUUGCCACAUGAGUAAAAGCACAUUUAUAGAUGAAGGUGAUAACUGCAGAAGACCACACGCGCAGCAGACGUUGAAAUAUUUAGUAUAUCUCGGCUACUUGUUUGCUGCGGGCAACUUUCUCAUUGACUUGUUUGGUUACGCAAUGGCUUUGUUUUGUUCUAAUAAUCAAUAUUUAUUUGAGUACUGCACAUUAUCACUUUAUCAUCUUGUUCGUCUACUGUUUGUGGCAGGGCAGCUGGUUUUCUUACAGACAUUUAUCACUGAUCGUAUCAUAGCUAAUUUUAACAAGAUGCGUUUCUUAAUCGCUUUUCUGAUUGCUACAAAUAUAACAGCCUGGAUGACUAUCUUCUUUCAAUUUGGUAUUCUACAAGGUGGAUUUGAUGGGCAGUCCAACAUCAAGGAAUACACAGAACUACAUUGCAAAAGUAACAUAUUUCAAAUUGCUAGUGAAGUUGAGAAAUAUUCCGACCCGUUCAUAUUAGAGUAUAGCCUUCUGGCAAUAACAUUGCUUCUCAACAUUUACCCGCGCCAAACAGUAGAACAAAUUAAGCGUGAAUACGAACCCUGGGUAAUUAUGUGCGAAGACAAAAGAAAAUCAAAGAUGUUUUUUAAAAAACACGAAGAAUAUUCAAGUACCCCGGGUUUACUUGCAGGUAUGUUGAUCGGUCUUCCAGUUGUUGCUGCAUAUAUUUUUACUACAGAGAAGGGUCCGCAUUACGUUUAUGACGUAAUGUAUAAUUACACAAUACAAGGUAUCAAUCACGUCAUCGUUAUUGUUAUAUCGAUCUUGGCGUGGAAAGAGUGCUUGAAAUACCACAAACCAGAUCCUGAUUCACACAUAAACAAAGCAGAUUAUAAAGUGUUACUUGGAACAGCUCUUUUGGGGUUCGGUAUUUACCACUUACUCAUCAUAUAUUCCGCAGUUUAUUUCUUUGCAAAAAGUUCAAACUUAGAUGAUAAAGAAUACAAUGAGGAAAGUAAAGUCACUGAUGCUUUUAUGUUAAUUCACAGUCUCAUAAAUCUUAUCUCUCCAUUUCUACAGACGUUUAUGAUUUUCAAAUUGCACGGAUAUAAAAAAGAAAGGUGUUCUGAUCAUGCAAAGGAAAUUCCAGGAUGUAAAUGCUCGCCAGAAAGUAGGUAUUCAGCUGCACUUCUUAGACAGUACCUUCUAGCACUUGUUAUGAUCAAUACCAUGUUUUGGAUGUCAGGAUCGUUUAUAGAUAUGAAGGCAUCCCCUGGGGCCAGUUAUUUGAUUACGUACAAGGUGGUUGAUAAAGAAACACAUUCUAUGUUAUGGUUCCUGGUAAUUACUUUCUCGAGUCCUGUAUCGACUUUUUAUCGUAUACAUGCAGCCGCCAUGUUGUUUAACAUCUGGUCGAAAUUUAACGAAUUUCCUGAGUUUAUACAAGUAGAACAGGACGUUCCCCUACUGCACGUGUAAUAAUUGUACGCACUGUGCAAAAGCUUUAUGUCUAAACAAUAACUAUCCUAUCAAAAAAAAAAGUUAAGUUAGCCAGGGGAAAAAUUCAUUUAAGGAAAAAUUGGUUCAUCAAUACUUAAAAUUAGUCUCUUUUUCCCAGACUAAAUCUGGAAAUACAUCUUUCAUAGUAGCUAGGAGACCCAGCAUAAUGUUUCUUAACACUAGGAAAUCUAAAUUGGGAAAAAUUAUGCAGGGACUCAAACGAUUUUUUUGCGGUCAAAAUAUUGUCUGCGCUUUUUGAUUGGUUAAUUCUAUUGUUCUUUGCUCACGUGGCCUCACUCACCUGAACAAAUAUAAUUAAUUUUUGAAUUAUUUAAGAGGGUAAGACGUGACCACGCCGACUUAGAUUUGAUUGGAUGAUUGUAAUUCAGGUUUUGCUUUAAGGUGGAUUUGAAUUUUAGGAAUUUGCUCUGACAUUCGUUUCCGUCUAAGCUUUCGUUUAAAGAAACUGAAUUUGAUAUUCUUUUAGAAAGCUAAGUUAACUAGACCACACUCACAGCAAUGUUUCAAAACUUUUUAUUUUAAAUUCCAAACAGAAACACGGGAAUUAUCGGUAAUUUUAACGACACUAUUUCUACAACAAUCUUCUAUAUAUUGUACAAUUGUUACUAUUUCACUAAAAUAUAUCAGCUCUGCUUUGUCUAAAAGGAAUUGUAAUUUUGACGGUGGAAAAUUUAUCCAAUCAGAAAGCAAAGCAUACAAUAAAAUUAAAUAGUUUCAGUAAAUAUUUCAUAUCGUGCAUGUUCAUGUAUCGUGCAUGUAUUUAAUGUUGACUCAACAGGAUUUUCAAGCUGGAAUGAUAUUGUGACUAACUUGUUUGUACCGUGGCCGAUAAGUGCAUAAAAAAAUCUUUGUUGCAUAAAUUUAAAAAAUGCGUAAAAAUAAUGUUAAAUGUGUGCAAAAAUAAUGUUAAUUGUGUAAAAAUAAUGUUAAAUGUGUAAAAAUAAUGUUAUAUACGCAAAAAUAAUGUUAAAUGUGUAAAAAUAAUGUUAUAUGCAUAAAAAUAAUGUUAAAUGCAUAAAAAUAACAGUAUAAUGUUACAUGCGUAAAAAUAAUGCUUGGCAACCACUUCUUAAGCUGCUGGACGUACUGCAACCUCGUCCCCAGGACUUGACUAUUUUUUUAAUAAUGAAUCAAGACCCGUACAAAGACAAGAAUUCAAAACUUUUCUAGCGAAAAGACGCUGAUACACAUGCUCCUUGUUUUAAUUUUUUUUUAAACGUGUACAGAACAUUGACAAAAGUUGAUAGACCAAUAAGAACUGGGUGCAAUGGUCUAUGGCUUGGUUUCGAAACAAGAGUAACGCGUUUGAAACGAAGAUAAUGCUAUCUUUAGAUAACACGAGUUAUCUUAAGUUAGCAAAAAUCGUCAACUUGUAUUAAUAACAGCUCCAAUCUCAAGAUAACUACA